CCCAUUUUACAAGGAUGCAUCGGAUGCUAACUUGUGUUAACUCGGCAGCAAAUAUAUCCCAGCAUUCAUUUCGGCAUUCAAGUGAGGAGCGUAAAAUUACUCGACGCCAUUGAACAACGAAACCCGCCAGUGCGUCCGGAAACCCGUCAGUGCAUCCGGAAACCCGUCUGUGUAUCCGGAAACCCGUCUGUGUAUCCAGAAACCCUGCUGUGUAUGCAGAAACCCGUCAGUGCGUCCGGAAACCCGUCAGUGCGUCCGGAAACCCGUCAGUGCAUCCGGAAACCCGUCAGUGCAUCCGGAAACCCGUCAGUGCAUCCACAAACCCGUCAGUGUCCCAGUUUCCCCAGCUGCUGUUCAGUGAAUCUCGGCUAGAGAUGGCGAACAUCAGCUAUGGAUCCAUGAGCGGUGCCUGCAGGACGGCUGCUGCUGGGAGGGCGGAGUCGGACACGGAAAGAAGUAAACGUGGAAAUCUGAAUCCGGAUGCCCUCCAGCAGUGUCCCUUCGAUAAGAACCACCUGAUCCGGGUCUGCCGCUUCCCGUACCAUCUGAUAAAGUGCAGGAAGAAUCACCCAGAGUUGGCAGACAAGUUGAAGACUUGUCCGUUCAACGCUCGCCACCUGCUGCCUCAAAGCGAGCUGAUGUUCCACACGGAGAACUGCGAGGACCGGAUCUCCGUGGACAAUGAAAACUGCGGGAGCACCGACAGACUCCAUAACCCGCAGGUUCCCGUCAGCACCUGGGUCAACCCUGACAUGUCUGAGGACUGGGACGACGAGGCCGAUGAUGCAGCACCUGCGUUCGUGUGGGGGGUGAACACCGUGGGGGAUCCCCACCUGGAGCUGAGCCUGAGCAAUUGCCUGGGUCAGAGCUCCCGGACUCCCAACAUACUGCCCUGGUCCGGACCGUGAACCAUGACGCGUGCUUGUAUAAGCAAAAUGAAAACGUAGUUACAGGCGUUUAUAUUAAAGCAUGCAUAUAUUUCUUUUUAAAUUAUUUCUUAGCAUUUCCUUAACACGUUCAAGUUUUAAAUCGGCACUACUUUUAGAUUUUACUUUUUUAAUUUCGACUCUGGAACCUCUGAUUUAACUUUUUGGGUUUCAGUGUUUUGUGUGCCUGUUCUAUUAAAGGGUGUUUUUUUCA